CCAUCUCUCACUCCCAUUUCGCACAGAAUCAAAAUGGAAGGCAGAGUUGCACAAGACGAAAAUACUGGCACCAAUGGAGUUUCCACCAUUCCUCUUCUUACUCCCUACAAGAUGGCCAACUUCAAUCUUUCUCAUAGAAUUGUGCUUGCGCCAAUGGCCAGAAAUAGAUCUUACGGCAAUGUUCCUCAGCCACAUGCAAUCUUAUACUAUUCCCAGAGAAGCUCCACGGGCGGCCUUCUUAUAGCUGAAUCCACUGGAGUUUCUGACACUGCUCAAGGGUAUGGCUAACUUAGGCCCCGUUUGGUAUGGUGGUUUUGGGGUAGCGGUUAGCGGUUUUACCUAAACCGUUAAAUAUAGGUGUUUGGUAAAUUUAUAUAUUUCGAAACCACUAUAAAUAAAGUGUUUGGUAAAAU